CGGGAUGAGAUUCUUCCCUCUAAUAAAGACUUGACCGCAGACUCUUAUUCCACACUUUUAUCAUAUAAAACUUUUACAAUCAGAGCAUCACAAACACAAGGUGACCCAAGAACAGAAAAAGCGUUCUAAUGGCGGAUUACAAAAAUGUUUCAAAAUUGAACUCUAUUGAUCUUUCCUCCCCCCAUAUCCCUACCUCCGUAUCUUUACUCAAACAGGCCUGCAUAGAUUCGGGUUUCUUCUACGUAACAAAUCAUGGAAUCAGUGAGGAAUUUAUGGAUGAGGUUUUUGCGGAAAGCAAGAAGUUCUUUGAGCUUCCAUUAGAGGAGAAAAUGAAGCUUCUUAGAAAUGAGAAACACCGAGGCUACACUCCUGUUCUUGACGAACUCCUUGAUCCCGCCAAUCAACUCCAUGGUGAUCACAAGGAAGGAUUUUAUAUUGGUAUCGAGCUUCCUGAAGAUGACCCUGAAGCCCAAAGAACAUUUUAUGGGCCAAAUUUAUGGCCUGAUUCAGAUAUCUUGCCUGGAUGGAGGCAAACUAUGGAAAAGUAUCAUCAAAAGGCUUUGGAAGUAGUUAAAAAAAUUGCGAGGCUCAUUGCCCUUUCACUUGAUUUAGAUGCCAAUUUUUUUGAAAAACCAGAAAUGCUUGGAAAACCGAUUGCAGUCUUACGCUUGCUGCAUUAUGGAGUUGUAGGUCAAGUAUCUGACCCUUUGAAGGGAAUUUAUGGAGCUGGUGCACACUCUGAUUAUGGUUUGAUUACUCUCUUGGCAACCGAUAGUGUUUCUGGACUCCAAAUAUGUAAGGACAAAGAUGCGGAGCCUCGAGUGUGGGAAUCUGUUGAACCAUUAAAAGGAGCUUUUGUGGUAAAUCUUGGUGAUAUGUUGGAGCGAUGGAGCAAUUGUCUUUUCAGGUCAACGUUGCAUCGGGUGUUAGGCAAUGGUCAAGAACGAUAUUCUAUUCCUUACUUUGUGGAGCCAAGUCAUGAUUGUGUUGUUGAAUGCCUACCUACCUGCCAUUCAAAACAAAACCCUCCCAAGUUUCCUCCAAUCAAAUGUGAGACCUAUCUUCUUCAACGAUAUCAGGAGACUCAUGCUGAUCUUAGUACAUAUAACAAACACUGAAUUCGACUGCUGCUAAUCAAUGGGUUUGAUGUUCUACAUUAUGGAAUGCAAGUUUCAGCAUGUAGAAACCAAGUUGUUGUGUCAUUACUCAUUACUUAUGAAAAAGGGUUAUAGUAAUAAAUACUACAAUAAACAAGGUCGAUGCAUGGUUAUAGGAUUAGCAAUAUUAUGCUUGUAUGUUAACUGUUUGAGGGAGGGUACUUGCUUUGCUUUCAAAAAGGUGAAAUCAAAUCCAUAUGAGCAAAGCUCAACUUUCGUUACAUGAUGUAUGGGCACUAUUACUACAAGAUAUAUAAUAGUUACUCAACAUAUAUACACAA